AUGGGUAUAUUUCGAUCGGAGAUUAUGAAACACGGGACACUAGUGCUGCCUUCUGAUAGGGCAAGGGAAUAUUUGGAUUGCUUAGGAAAAGAAGUAGAUAUACAAUUCAUAGAUAUGAAUGAGAAAACAAUGAAAAGACAAUACAAGAAAUAUAUUCAACGUAUUGAUGAUAUGGAAAGGAUAUUACGUUUUUUAGAAGAGAAUAUUAAUAAAUUACCAAAUGUAAAAAUAAAAAAGAGUAAAAUAGAUAAUUUUUUAGAACAUGAUAAUAUAUAUGAACUUGAUCAAGUUGAAGAAUCGUUAAAUCGAUUACAUGUUCAAUUUGUACGUUUUUGUAAUAAUAAUAAAGAUCUUAUAGAUGAAAAAAAUAAUGCUAUAGAAGAAAAACAUGUUAUAUUAACAGCGCUCAAUCAAUUAAGUCCUGGUGUUAUUAGAGGAGUUGGUGGUUUCAGAGGUUCUGUAAUAGGUGCGGAUCAACAGCAUCAUCAUCAUAAUAAUAAUAAUAUUGUAAGUCCUUUUGAUGAAGAAGGGGUUGAAGAAAAUAAUAUAUCUUUAUCAACACACAUUAUGAAGGAUGGUAUUAAUAUGAUGUUCACAAAUAUAUCUGGUGUUAUAAAAACAAAAGACCAAGAAAGUUUUAGUCGUACUAUAUUUAGAGCUUUUAGAGGUAACACAUAUACAUAUUUCCAGAACAUAGAUGAAGAUGCAGAUGAUAACGAUUUAUUAAAGAAUGUGGAAGAAUUAGAAUCAUUAAAAUCUGUUGGUGAUACUAAUAAUAUGUAUAAGAAUAAUAAACAGCAUGAUACUUUUUCAGAUAAACUAGAUGGUAAAGAUAAGCAUGAUAAGAAAAAAAAGAAGGAUUUGAAAAGUGUAUUUGUAGUAUAUUGCCAGGGUUCAGCACAGAGUAAUAUUUAUGAUAAGAUAAUGAAAAUUUGUAAAGCGUAUGAUGUGAAAACAUAUGAUUGGCCAAGAACAUAUGAACAUGCAAAAAAGAGAUUAAAGGAAUUAAGAGAAAUAAUAAAUGAUAAGGAGAAGGCUUUAAAAGCGUAUGAAGAAUAUUUUAUAAAUGAAAUAUUUGUAUUAAUAAAUGUUGUAGAACCAAAUAAAAAUAGUUUAAUAGAAGAAUGGAAAUUAUUUUGUAAAAAAGAAAGACAUAUAUAUAACAAUUUAAAUUAUUUUGAAGGUAGUGAUAUAACAUUACGUUGUGAUUGUUGGUAUAGUGCAAACGAUGAAGAAAAAAUAAGACAUAUAUUAAUAAAUAAGAGUUCAAAUGAUUUAGUAUCAGCAUUAUUAUUAUCAGAUAAAAUCUUAAGACCUAAUGUAUCACCACCAACAUAUAUAAAAACAAAUGAAUUUACUAAAUCAUAUCAAUCAAUGGUAGAUACUUAUGGUGUACCUAGAUAUGGUGAAAUUAAUCCUGCUAUUUCUACAAUUAUAACUUUUCCUUUUUUAUUUGGUAUAAUGUAUGGGGAUGUCGGACAUGGAUUAUGUAUUUUUUUAUUUGCUUUAUUUUUAAUUAUUAUGAAUAAUAAAGUUAAAAAUAAAAAAAAUAAUAAUGAAAUGGUUACCAUGUUAUUUGAUGGUCGUUAUAUGUUAUUAUUAAUGGGUUUCUUUGCGGUAUAUGCUGGAUUUUUAUAUAAUGAUUUUUUUUCCAUGCCUUUAAAUUUAUUUUCUUCUAUGUUUAUGUUAGAUAAACAAGUAGAUAAUAUGGAAUAUUAUAAAAGACGAGAAAUAACAGAUUCAGCAACAGGUGAGGUUCAGUAUGCAUAUCCUUAUAUAUUUGGUUUUGAUUGUAAAUGGUUAGGAGCAGAAAAUGAACUAACUUAUAUUAAUUCUUUUAAGAUGAAAUUUUCCAUAAUAAUAGGUUUUAUACACAUGACCUUUGGUGUUCUUAUGAAAGGAUUUAAUGCUUUACAUUUUAAAAGAAAAAUGGAUUUUUUUUUUGAAUUUUUACCACAAUUGAUUAUGAUGUUAUCCAUGAUUGGAUAUUUAGUUUUCUUGAUUAUAUAUAAGUGGGUUACUCCUGUUGGAUAUGGAGGUUUUCAAAAACAAGGAAUCAUUAAUACUAUUAUAAAUAUGUAUUUAAUGAAAGAAAUAAAUAGUACAAAUCAAUUUUAUCCAUAUCAAAAUAUAAUACAAAUAUUGUUAUUAUCUUUGUUUGUUUUAUGUAUUCCUUUUAUGUUUAUAUGUAAACCUGCUAUUCGAACAUAUCACAUAAUGAAAGAAAAACAAAAAAUCAAGGAUCACAAUAUGCAUAAAAAAAACAGGAGAGGAAAAAAAACAAUGGCUAAAAGAAAUAAUAAUCAAAAUGAUAAUAAGAAAAUGCUCUUAACAAAUCAAAAUUAUACUGAAGCUGGAGCAAAAGAAAUGAUAAAUGCAUUUCAUCACAAUGCAAAAACGGGUGGUAUCCUCUUAUCAACAAAUAGUAAAAAGAAAAUUGUAACAUCAGAUGGGAAUCUUAAUAAUAAUAAUAAUAAUAAUUUGUUAUCUAUGCAUAAAAGAAAUACCAUGAAUAAUAAAAUAUCCUCUUCACAUUACCACAAUGAACAACAUGACGACGAAUAUGAUGGAUAUGAUGAAUACGACGAAUACGAUGAUGAUGAUGAUGAUGAUAAUUAUGACGAAAAGGAAUAUUUAAAUAAAAAAAAAAAGAAAAGAACAGAUGAUGAUAUAGAAGCUCAUUUAUUAAGUUCUACAUAUGAAGAGAAAGGAUUACAAAGUUCGUCAGCAGCCAUGAGAGGAAGUGGAGAAGGAGAAGAGAAUCAUCAUGAAGAAAACAUUUCAGAAAUAUGGAUUGAACAAUUAAUAGAAACAAUUGAAUUUAUAUUAGGAUUGAUUAGUAAUACAGCAUCAUAUUUAAGAUUAUGGGCAUUAUCAUUAGCUCAUCAACAAUUAUCAUUUGUCUUUUUUGAGCAAACCAUUUUAAAUUCGUUAAAGAGAAAUAGUUUUAUGUCUGUAUUAAUUAACUUAAUAUUAUUUUCUCAGUUAUUUUCAAUACUUACUAUAGCUGUUAUAUUAUGUAUGGACACACUGGAAUGUUUCUUACAUUCAUUAAGAUUGCAGUGGGUUGAAUUUCAAAAUAAAUUUUACAAGGGAGAUGGUAUUCCCUUCAAGCCUUUCAACAUAAAGAAGUUGUUGAACGAAAAUGAGUAA